AGUUGCAUGAGGGGGAAAGCUGAGGAGAUAUUACCUGAAAGGACUCUGGAAACAUCUUGAAAACUGUGACGGCGCUGAAUUUUAGACACCAGUCAUCCUCAUCAGACAAACCCUGCUGCUGCUUCAGAAUAAGACGGCACUGAAUGUUAGACACCAGUCAUCCUCAUCAGACAAGCCCUGCUGCUGCUUCAGAAUAAGGUCUCUGAGUGAAAGUCUGCAGGGGGCUCACCAUGGUGCAGGAGAAGAGUGACGGGAUAAACAAAGACAUGGUCCUUCCACCAAUCCAACAGAAUAGACCUGCUUUGUCUUGGGCAUUGAAGAUCAAGAAAAAAUUGAAAAUGGUUCCUCAGUGUCUCGGCAAAUUCAGACCGACUGUUGGCCAGUGCUGCCACCAGUGCACCCCCGACAGUCUGCGUAAGAAGCCUGGAAAAACCUCUUACCUUGGUUUUCAAAACCUGCUGAUUGUCAAUGAGACACACACCAGGUAUAGAGGCUGGCUAGUGCGGAGGGUGUGCUGCGUGCUGUUUGUGAGUGGGUGCAAGGUGUACGCGAGUCCUGUUAGCAACAGACUGGAGAGAGUCUGUCAGAGCAACAGGGUGAAGGCGGCGGUUGCAGCAGAGCAUAAAGCAUCCGAGGAGGGAGACAGCCGAGGGCAGCUCAGCCACCUCUCCCCAUUCCUCCCCCUCAUUAACACCUGCAUCUCCCCUGGCCUCAUACGACUCCUAGGCUGGGUGAUGCUGAAGAUGUUUCCCUCUGUGUUUGGAAGUAUUCAAGUUAACCUCAACCAUCUGCCGGCUUUGCACCGAGCUUCACAAGAGGGAUCUCCGCUGGUUUAUGUGCAUCUGCGUCAGAGCGCCGUGGACUGUGCUCUCAUCCCUCUGGUGCUCUUCUGUCACAAUCUGAGAGUCCCAUACACUGUCUGUCCGCUCCGCAUUAGCAGCUCCACCAUAAGAUCAAUCCUGCAGAAAGUAGGCGUGAUCGUCCUGCCACCCUCUGCACUGACAGAGCAGGAUGCUGAGAACAACAGUCUGUACGCUCCUGUCAUGACCUCCUUGGUACGUGAGCUGCUACAUGAGGGCCAGGCGAUAAGUGUCGGUGUGUCAGCAGAGUCUGGCCGAGGUGGCCAGUGGCUGGCUCGCAUCAGACAACUCAUCAAAGAGGGAUCUGUCCCCGAUGUCAGUCUGGUCCCUGUGGGCAUCUCCUAUGACUGUCUGCCCAUGGCCAACACACAGGUUGGUUUAAGCUCAGUGUUGCGGUGGCUGUGGGCUCUACACUGGAGGAAACCAGAAGGAUGUGUGAGGAUCGACAUCGCUCAGCCCUUUUCUCUCAAGGAGCUGUGUGAGUCAGGGAGGUGCAGAGUAGAUGAAUGGCUCCCUCUGCAGGACCUGUUGCUGCCUGUUAUCCUCAACAACAGAAUGGAAAGUGUGUUUGGGCAGAGGAGGAUGUCGUGGCUCCUGCCUGCUUCUCAUUAUGCAUCUGAACUCAAAGAGCCAACUCAUCCGGAGAGAUCCCUCAGCAUCGCCAUCAUCCUCCACCUCAUCUUCUCUACAACUUCCUGCACGGCUGCAAUGUCCACCAGUCUGGUGUCCAGUCUUUUGCUGUACAGACACCGCAAGGGUGUGAGCUCUUCUGCCCUGUGCCGGGAUGUGGCCUGGCUCACCGAGGAGCUCUUGUUCAGGAACAAAGACGUCGGUUUCGCGGGAAGUUUAGAGGAAGUUUUACGCUACUCCCUCUCUCUGCUCGCCCCUCACCUCAUCAUAGCUGCAGGGCCGUCUAGGAAAGACCCUUUUAUUGUGCCACGUCCAUCUCUUGCUGCCACGCUUCACCUCACCCUGCAGGCUCGGAUUGUCACACACACCUUUAUUUUGGAAGCUGUUGGUGCGUGUGCGGUGUCGGCCAUGCUGUGCGAGGUGGUCAGCAGCGGGGUCAGCAGCAGGGUGAGGAGUGGCGGCAUGGACGGAGAGCAGGUCAAUGGUGACAUGGACUUUGAUGUGGUGCUCUGCCAGUCUGAGCUGACGGAGAGGGCCCUGCAGCUCUGCCAUCUCCUGCCUCCAGGCUUCAUGCCACCUUGUCAGUCGUCCCAGAGUUGCGCUCUGGAUGCAGUUGACAGUCUGGUACGCUGUGGCAUCCUGAUCAUGGAAGAAAUUCCCAGAGAUGUUCCCAUCUGUGAUUUCUGGAAGAGAGAGGGCACUCUGACCUGGGCCACCUCUGACGACCCUUAUCACAGUGACUCUGACUGUGACGUGGAGGAGCAGGACCUGCGCUCCUACAAGAUAAGCCAGCCCAGUCAGUGUCCAGAGAUGCUCUUCUUCCUCUGCAGUAUGCUGGCUGGUCAUCUGAGGGCGCUGUGCUGGACGACCAACGCACUGGCUCUUCUCAAAAAACCACUGCCAGAGGCAGAGUUUGUGGCUCAGGUAUGCUCCCAUCUGUGUGACACAGCAAAUAAGAAGAAACAGCACUAUGAGAGCUGCUCAGAGGAGGCUGCACACACUGCCGUUAGAUCACUAAUAGACCUGGGGGUCCUUUCAGAGGAGCGUCGGAAAGGAGGCGUCUUCCUGGGUGUCGUCCCUUUGUUCCAGUUGUCAGAAAACAGGCAGAAACUGCACCGCUUCAUCUCACAGUACCUCUACAAUUAAUGUGUUAAACU